UUAUGUGCCAAAUGUAUAUCAAGAUAUCCUUGCUUUGGUGUUUGCUGUCAAGGAGAUCAAUAAGAACCCUGAGCUCUUACCAAACAUCACACUGGGUUUCCACAUUGUGAACAAUUACUUUCCUGCGAAGAUAACUUAUAAAGCAACCUUGAGCUUACUUUCUACACAGCAGAAGUUUGUUCCCAACUUUACCUAUGAUUUAAAGAAAACAUUUAUUGCUGCCAUUGGAGGACGUUUGACAGAGACUUCAUUCACCAUGGCUACUGUUCUUUCCAAUUACAAGAUUCCACAGGUGCUUCCUCUUUCUCAGUGCAAUGAUCACUGCUAUCCUGGCUCCAGCAGAAAGAAGAAGGAAGGAGAGAAAUUUUGUUGCUAUGAUUGUGUGCCCUGUUCAGAAGGACGGAUCUCUGAUGAAAUAGAUAUAGAUGUCUGCAUGAAAUGUCCAGAAGAUGAAUAUCCAAGCAACAUCCAAACUCAAUGUAUUCCCAAAGUGUUUACCUAUCUGUCUUAUUAUGAACCUUUAGGAAUCCUCUUUGUUACAUUGGCUACUAUUUUCUCUUUGAUUACAAUCCUUGUGGUGAGAAUCUUUUGGAUGCAUAAAGAGACUCCAAUUGUUAAAGCCAACAACUGGAACCUCACUUGUAUCCUCCUUCUCUCCCUUCUUCUCUGCUUCCUCUGUUCUUUCCUCUUCAUGGGAAGACCUGAAAAGAUGACCUGCCUUCUCCGGCAAAUGACUUUUGGCAUUAUCUUCUCAGUGGCCCUUUCAUCUGUAUUGGCAAAAACCAUGACUGUGAUUCUGGCAUUCAUGGCAACCAAACCAGGCUCUGCAAUGAGGAAAUGGGUAGGGAAAGGACUGUCCAAUUCUAUUGUCCUUUUGGGUUCUUUCAUCCAGGUGGGAAUUUGCAUUGUUUGGCUGAGUAUCUCUCCCCCUUUCCCAGAUACAGACCUCCACUCACUGAAGGAACAAAUCAUAAUGGAAUGCAAUGAAGGCUCGGUGAUCAUGUUUUACUGUGUUCUGGGUUACAUGGGGUUCUUGUCCAUUGUCAGCUUUAACGUUGCUUUUCAAGCCAGGAAGCUGCCUAGCAGUUUCAAUGAGGCCAAGUUUAUCACUUUCAGCAUGUUGGUCUUUUGCAGCGUUUGGUUGUCAUUUGUUGCAACCUACCUGAGCACCAAAGGGAAAUACAUGGUAGCUGUGGAGAUCUUCUCUAUCUUAUGCUCCAGUGCUGGUUUACUGGGGUGUAUAUUUUGCCCCAAAUGCUACAUCAUUUUAUUGAGGCCUGAGAUGAACAAGAAGGAAUAUUUAAUAAGGAAAGAAAUGUAA